CAUAAGCUCCAGCCUUCCUGUGGCCACAGCAGGACCAGAGUGGAACAGCGCACCCCAGGAAAGAGGACUGGGGUCCCAGGAGUAGGAGGAGCCUGAGCACCAUGAGCUCCGGAGCCCCUGCACACCUCGGCCUCUGCCUCUGGCUGUGGCUGGGCGCCACCCUGGGAAAAGAGCAAGGACGAGCAAGUGGCCUCCUGAGGCUGUCUGUGCUGCCUGAGGACCGGCUGCAGAUGAAGUGGAGAGAGUCGGAGGGGAGCGGCCUCGGCUACCUGGUGCAGGUGAAGCCCAUGGCAGGGGACUCGGAACAGGAGGUGAUACUGACCACCAAGACCCCUAAGGCCACAGUGGGGGGCCUGAGCCCCUCCAAGGGCUACACCUUGCAGAUCUUCGAGCUCACUGGCUCUGGGCGCUUCCUGCUGGCUCGGAGGGAGUUUGUGAUUGAGGAUCUGAAGAGUAGCUCCCUGGACAGAAGCAGCCAGAGGACCCUCGGCUCUGGAGCCCCGGAGCCCACCCCCUCCCAUGUGGGGAGCCCAGACCCUGAGCAGGCUUCUGAGCCCCGAGUUGCCUUCACGCCAAGCCAGGAUCCGCCCACUCCUGCCGGCCCCCAGUUCCGCUGCCUGCCCCCCGUGCCUGCUGACAUGGUCUUCCUGGUGGACGGGUCCUGGAGCAUCGGCUACAGUCACUUCCAGCAAGUCAAGGACUUCCUGGCCAGCGUCAUCGCACCCUUUGAAAUCGGGCCAGAUAAGGUCCAAGUAGGCCUGACUCAGUACAGCGGGGAUGCCCAGACUGAGUGGGACCUGAAUUCCCUCGGCACCAAGGAGCAGGUGCUAGCAGCUGUGCGCCGCCUCCGCUACAAGGGGGGGAACACGUUCACAGGCCUUGCCCUGACCCACGUGCUGGGGCAGAACCUGCAGCCAGCGGCUGGCCUCCGUCCAGAGGCGGCCAAGGUGGUGAUUCUGGUGACGGACGGCAAGUCCCAGGACGACGUGCACACUGCUGCCCGUGUCCUCAAGGACUUGGGCGUGAACGUCUUCGCUGUGGGUGUGAAGAACGCCGAUGAGGCUGAGCUGAAGCUCCUGGCGUCCCCGCCACAGGACAUCACCGUCCACAGCGUACUGGACUUCCUGCAGCUUGGCGCGCUGGCUGGCCUGCUCAGCCGCCUCAUCUGCCAGAGGCUCCAGGGUGGGAGCCCGCGGCAGGGCCCAGCAGCGGCUCCAGCCCUGGACACCCUCCCCUCCCCCACCAGCCUGGUCCUGAGCCAGGUGACCUCCUCCAGCAUCCGCCUGUCCUGGACUCCAGCCCCCCGGCUCCCCCUCAAGUAUCUGAUCGUUUGGCGAGCCUCCAGAGGUGGCACCCCCAGGGAGGUGGUGGUGGAGGGGCCCGCCGCCUCCACAGAGCUGCACAACCUGGCCUCCCGCACAGAGUACCUGGUCUCUGUGUUCCCCAUCUAUGAGAGCGGGGUUGGCGAAGGCCUGCGGGGCCUGGUGACCACAGCACCUCUGCCUCCUCCCCGGGCGCUGACCCUGGCCGCAGUGACGCCCAGAACCGUCCACCUCACCUGGCAGCCCUCGGCCGGGGCCACCCACUACCUGGUGCGAUGUUCGCCUGCUUCCCCCAAGGGUGAGGAGGAGGAGCGAGAGGUGCAGGUCGGGCGGCCCGAGGUGCUGCUGGAUGGCCUGGAACCGGGCAGGGACUAUGAGGUCUCGGUGCAGAGCCUGCGAGGCCCUGAGGGCAGCGAGGCCCGGGGCAUCCGUGCCAGGACCCCCGCCCUGGCAACCCCGAGACACCUGGGCUUCUCAGACGUGAGCCACGACGCGGCACGAGUGUUCUGGGAGGGCGCCCCGAGGCCUGUGCGCCUGGUCAGGGUCACCUAUGUCUCCAGUGAGGGCGGACACUCAGGGCAGACAGAGGCUCCUGGGAACGCCACCUCGGCCACGCUGGGGCCUCUCUCUUCAUCCACCACCUACACUGUCCGCGUCACCUGCCUCUACCCUGGGGGUGGCUCCUCCACGCUGACCGGCCGGGUGACCACCAAGAAAGCUCCCAGCCCAAGCCAGCUGUCCGUGGCGGAGCUGCCCGGGGAUGCGGUCCAGCUGGCGUGGGUGGCCGCAGCCCCGUCUGGCGUGCUUGUCUACCAGAUCACGUGGACGCCCCUGGGAGAGGGGAAGUCUCACGAGAUCUCUGUCCCAGGGAACCUCGGCACGGCCGUCCUGCCUGGCCUAAGGAGGCACACGGAGUACGACGUCACCAUCCUGGCCUACUACAGGGACGGGGCCCGCAGUGACCCUGUGUCCCUCCGCUAUACCCCCUCCACGGUGAGCAGGAGCUCCCCCUCCAACCUGGCCCUGGCCUCGGAGACCCCCGACAGCCUGCAGGUCAGCUGGACACCCCCGCUUGGCCGCGUGCUCCAUUACUGGCUCACCUAUGCACCCGCCUCUGGCUUGGGACCCGAGAAAUCCGUCUCUGUGCCAGGACCCAGGAGCCACGUGACACUCCCCAACCUGCAGGCAGCCACCAAAUACAGGGUCCUGGUCUCAGCUGUCUAUGCAGCAGGCAGGAGUGAGGCUGUGUCUGCCAUGGGCCAGACAGCCUGCCCAGCCCUCCGCCCCGACGGCUCCCUCCCAGGGUUUGACCUGAUGGUGGCCUUCGGCCUGGUGGAAAAGGCUUAUGCUUCCAUCCGGGGCGUGGCCAUGGAGCCCUCUGCCUUUGGUGGGACCCCGACCUUCACGCUCUUCAAGGACGCCCAGCUGACAAGACGGGUCAGUGACGUCCACCCAGCCCCCCUCCCUCCAGAGCACACCAUCGUCUUCCUUGUGCGCCUGCUUCCCGAGACACCCCGUGAGGCCUUCGCGCUGUGGCAGAUGACGGCCGAGGACUUCCAGCCCCUCCUCGGGGUUCUGCUGGACGCCGGGAGGAAGUCCCUGACCUAUUUCCACCGCGACCCCAGGGCUGCCUUGCAGGAGGCCACCUUCGACCUGCACGAAGUGAGGAAGAUUUUCUUCGGGAGUUUCCACAAGGUGCACGUGGCUGUGGGCCGCUCUAAGGUCAGGCUCUACGUGGACUGCCAGAAGGUGGCUGAGCGGCCCCUCGGGGAGGUGGGCAGCCCACCCGCUGCCGGCUUCAUCACGCUGGGGAGGCUGGCCAAGGCCAGGGGCCCCCGGAGCAGCUCGGCCGCGUUUCAGCUCCAGACGCUGCAGAUCGUGUGCAGUGACACCUGGGCCAAUGAGGACCGGUGCUGUGAGCUCCCUGCCUCGAGGGAUGGAGAGACCUGCCCGGCCUUCAUGUCUGCCUGUUCCUCAGAGACCCCUGGGCCCCCAGGACCCCAAGGACCCCCAGGCCUCCCUGGGAAGAAUGGCACCCCAGGAGAUCCUGGCUUCCCAGGGCCCAGGGGUCCACCAGGGGUCAAAGGAGACAAAGGAGACCAUGGGCUCCCAGGCUUGCAGGGCCACCCCGGCCACCAGGGCAUCCCCGGGAGAGUUGGCCUCCAGGGACCAAAGGGAAUGAGAGGCCUGGAGGGAACUGCUGGCCUGCCCGGACCCCCUGGCCCCAGGGGGUUCCAGGGCAUGGCAGGGGCCAGGGGCACUAGUGGAGAGCGAGGACCUCCAGGGGCCGUGGGGCCCACAGGGCUGCCGGGGCCCAAAGGGGAACGAGGAGAGAAGGGCGAGCCGCAGUCCCUUGCCACCCUCUACCAACUUGUGAGCCAGGCUUCACACGUGUCAAAGUUCGACUCCUUCCACGAGAACACCAGGCUUCCCAUGCCCAUCUUGGAGCAGAAGCUGGAGUCGGGCACUGAGCCCCUGGGGUCCCCUGGCACCCACAGCAAGGCCCUGCUUCCUGGAGAAUGGGGGCGUGGUGGCCGCCACCUUGAGGGCAGAGGGGAGCCUGGAGCUGUUGGUCAGACGGGCAGCCCUGGGCAGCAGGGGGGCUAGCACCCAAGGCCUCUGGGAGUGACAGGACAUUUUCUGCACUGCCCUGAGGAACCCUGCGCCUUCCUCCCUGGGUUUGUCUGGACACUGAGAGUGACCACAUCCUGGAGAAGCCGGAGAAAAGCUCAGGAAGAGCCUGCAGCUGGAAGGAGAGGGAAGGAGCGGCCUCGGCCAAGGCCCACCCCAUGCCCUUGGCUCUGUAGCAUUUCCAAGUUCAGAUAAACCACCGAGUGCUCACCCACCCAAGUGAGGCGGGAGUCAUUUCCCAGGAGGGUGUCCCCCACCCUGGCUCCGUGCACCCCACCUUGAGGCCCUGCAGCUCCAGCCGCAGUGGGGAAGGGGAGGGGCUGGGCUGAUGGCGAAUCGGGUUCAGGAGGGCAGCAGUGCCCUGUGGCCGUCUCAGUAGCUCUCACACAGGCUCAACAACAUGCCCCACCCCUUUCUCUGGGCCUCAUCAAAGCCUGGCCGGGGCCCUGCGGGCCCUCCUCCCUCUGCGCCUCACGCAGGCAACAGACGGCUCCACUGCUGGCCCACCAGUCACCUGCGCGAUGGCUCCUCCCUCAGAACAGCACUCCCACCCUGGCCCCAGCACCUUCGCAUCUGGGCACAGGCAGGGCCUUGCCUGCCUCAUUGUCCCCUCUGUCCCCAGCCCAAGAAGGAGUUCAGAUCCUGUGUGCGAAUGGCCACCCCUCACCCACCCAGCCGUGUGCUGAGUUCCUUGUGCAGGGACAUUGCUUUGAGACUUGGCACCAUCAGCCCCUGGUCCUUAGGGUCUCAGAGCAAGGUCAUCCCUCAGCAGGCUUCUGACCUGCGUGCUCCUCAGCACCUCUGCCCAGGUCUCUCCCAACCAUCACAGAUGCUGUGUGAGCCUGGACUUCCUGCCUUAUCCCCACUGUGUCCCAAACAGCAUGGGGGCAAGCUCAGAACACACACCUGGGCUUCUGGGCCUUGUGGCCCGUGGGGGUGAUGUGGGAACUUCUACUUCCUUUCCAAACAAAUAUUCAGUAAUUAGUCCACUGUUACCACUUAGGCAGCUAAGCAAGAAAGGUGCCAGAAAUGAAGAGGGAACCCAUAUCAUUGAGGAGAGAAUGAAAAGUAUUAAAAAGGAACAAAGAGAGACCCUUGAUACUGACAGAAGGAAAACCCACCAAGAUCACUAGUACAGCAUUGCGUGCACCAAAGCAUACCCCAAAGAGGUGAGCGCAAAACAGCUUCGGGGCAAACACUUCAUCUACAAUUCAACUAUUCCAGGAACUGACCAGACCUGGAGACCAAAUAGAGUCAUAGGCAGGGUCAGCAGGAUGGGAGAGAGUGCCUGCACCCACAGGAGCCACAGCCCUGACCAAGGCCAGGAAGCAGCCCCAAAUGCCAGCUCCCACUGCAGCAUGAGAACAAGAAACAGACCACUGAAAAUUCCCAAAGUUUGUGGACAAGUCAGAGGUCAAAGAAGUCAGGUGGCAUCAAGACAGAUUUUGCUCUGAGGGAUAAGGAGAGCAUGUGGCCAAAGUAGGUGCAGGUAAAGCAGCAUCUGGGGCAGAGUUAUAGCCUUCAGUGCAGGUAUCAGACACAGUUGUUGAGAGCAGCAGCCCAAGCCAGCCCCUCUGUCCUGCAGGGAGGACACCUAGGUCACUUGGCUUCUGUUGGGGAGCUAAGUUGCUUCAGAUUGUGUGACCAGCAACACAGCUUGGUUGCUCUCACUUGGUUUCUCCGGGGCUGGGAAUUAAAUGUCCUCAGCUGAACAGAGAAGGCUCUUUGAGCAGUGGAGUGAGCAGGCUUUGUCAUGAGGCAGGAGUGGGGCUAGAAUCAAGCCCAGAGCCCACAGGGCAUCCAGAGCUUUCCAAAGGAGCCCCUCUCCUGGGGCUCUCCAAUUUGAUGAAGGGACUGGGCACUGGGUGGCUCACGGAGACCACUCUGGCAGCCAGGAGGAGGCAGCCUGGUGGGGAGGAACCAGGGUUGCUGUAAUCCCCGCCACCCCCUCAGCUGCCCUACCCCCGCCACCCUGCUGACGCCAAUGACAAUGUUCAGCCUCAAAAGGGGAGUCCGGGUGUCUUCAGGAAACUGACUUUAUGCUGGAGGCCAAUGAAAAUGGCACAGCAAAGGCAGCAGCCAGCUGGUGCCCAGGCAGCUUAGGGACUGGUCCCUGAGGCCCCACCCGCCCCAGCCUGUGCAGUGGAGCUGUAAGAAUCAAAGGUGAGGACGGCAAGGGAGCUGAGAGCAGCCUCCGGAUGCACCACACCGGCCUGGCUCCUGUUUGCAGGAAGGCAGCCUCCCCGAGAGCCAGCCGACCUGCGCAUCUCCCAUCAGCCACGACUCUGCCGCAUCCCUCCAGGUUCUUUUAGGAGCCCCCAGGGACUGAGCUGGGGCUCACGCUCCUGACCAGAGUGCUGGGUUUCUGGCAAUGCCUCCCCUGCUCCCUUUACAGCCACAGCUCUCCCCUCGAGAGGCCCCUCUGUAGUGGGCCUCGGUCCCCUCUCCACCCCCCAGAGGCAGCACAGCUUCAGCCCUAUGCAGUGUGGGGGCUCCAGGAGGAAAUGCAGGGAGGUGCUUGGUCUUGGCCCAGAGCUCAUGGCCUUAGGUGCUGCCCCCAAGUCACCCCCGUGCCCAUGCAGCCCGGGAUGUUCAGCUCGGGCCAGCCACGAAGGUGGUGUGAUGCAAGGCUGAUCUGAUGCUCAGCUCAGGCCACUGGGGUCAUGGCGGUUGUGGGAGGUCGUGGAAUCACGGGGCUCAUGCUGGGGUCACAGGGUGGUGUGGUUGUGCGGACUGUAAGGGGCCGUGCAGCCAUGUGUAUCUGACUUGCCCUCCCUAGGUCUGCAGGCAGUGCCAAGUGGCUCUGCCCGAGGCCCCAAGGGCAACCCUGGAAGCUCCAGGCCUUCACAGCCCCUCUGAGAGGCACCUGCAAGGUGGGGAGCUGGGAAGAACGGCUCAGUGAUGAGCUUGGAGGGAGGGGUGGGCACAGCCCCCAGGAAGGCAGGUGCGUGCAGGCCUGGGAGGAAUGUGUAGCAGGAGGCAGGGGGUGCUGUGCCCGCAGGACCACCAGGUGAGGUGUGUCCACCCCCAGAGGAUGGCUCUGGCCCAGACAGUGUCAGAAACGGGAGCUGAGGAAACCCAACCCCAGCUGUAGAGGAGCCUGCCCCGAUGCCAUCAGCACCUGGCAUCCAGCCAGGUGGUAUGGCUGCCAGCCCCUUCAUCUACCAAGGACCAGGGCAGUGGGGAUGGGAGAGCUGGGACAUGUGGACCCACACCAGGGCAGACGGUGGGGGAAGCCAGUAGCUGUAGAUUCAGCGCAUUUCUUGGGGAAGGGCGUGGAACAUUUGAGCUCGAGCCAGAGCGCAGAGACGAUUUCAUAAUACAGCCCACCAUCGUGAUCUGAUGGUAAGUACGGAACUCCAUGCCCAAUGGAGAAACACUCCCCUCUCACAUGUGUGGAAUAUCCACACACUAACCAUGAACUCGGCCACAAAGAAACCUUACAUUCCAAACGAUCAUGCUGUUCAGAACUCACUCACUGACUGAUGAUACUGGAAAAACAACCAACGACAACAAGCUAAACAAUGUCUCUAGAAGCUAAAAGACACACCCAUGACUCCAGAAUAAUUCAUGGGUUAAAGAGAAGGGAAACGUGAAGAUACUUGUAACCAAAUAAUGAUGGAUGCACCACCAUGUCAGAAUCUCUGUGCUGCAGCUAAAGUGGUACCUAAAGGGCAAUUUAUAGCCAUAAAUACAGUGCUUUGUUUUGUUUUGUUACUUUUUGAGACAAGGUCUUGCUCUGUCACCCAGGCUGGAGUACAGUUGGCAUGAUCUCAGCUCACUGCAACCUCUGUGCCACCCUGGGCUCAAGUGAUCCUCCCACUCAGGUCUUCUGAGUAGCAGAAACCACAGGCAUGUGCCACCAUGCCUGGCUAAUGUUUUUGUAUUUUUUUAAAUAGAGUGUUGCCAUGUUACCCAGGCUGGUCUUGAACUUCUGAGCUCAAACGAUCCACCCUCCUUGGCUUCCCAAAGUGCUGGGAUUACAGGUGUGAGUCACUGCGCCCGGCCCUUAAACACAGUUUUUAGGGAAGAUUCCAACUCAAACAAUUUUAAAUAGUAGAAAAUAAUCCCUGAAGCAGCAUGCAUUCAUUA